AAUAGUAAAGAAAAAAAGAAGCACCCAAUUAUAUUUGUAUUGCACUAAUCCUAUUAAUUGGAUAUAUAACAGAGAGAGAGAGAGAGAGAGAGAGAGGGUCUUUAAAAUUUUUGGCAGCUACAGUGGGAGCUUUUUAAUUGAGUGAUCUUUUGGAGAGGUAUCGAAAGAGAAAGAUUGAAAAGAACACAGCAACUUAACAAGAGAAAUACAAAACAACUCUUCUCUGCUUCUUCUUCUUCUUCUUUUUCAACUUCUUGUGUCGCUCUCCUUCCUUUAAUUGCUACUUGCUUAUCCAUGCUCAUUCCAUUUCAUUUCCCAUUUGAACCCAAUCAAAGAAUCCAUUAAAACCCAAAGAUUCAUAUAGAAAAAGAUACAAUCUGUUUCUUUUAUUUUCUUAAGAACAAUGGUGACUGGUUGGAGAAGAGCGUUUUGCACAUCAAUUCCUAAAGAACGAGAAACUCCAAUAUUUACAGACAAGAAACAACAACAGCAAUGCAGCAGCAGCAGCCACAGCCCAAGAAUAAGCUCAAAGUUUGGAUUUUUCUCAAACCCAUCAACACCACGUUUACAAUCUCAACCUGUAUCAUCGACCCCGAGUCUUCGUUGCCGAACCACCACAGCCACAACUCCAACAUCAUCAGUACCCAAUAGCCCAAAACUCCAGAGCAAGAAAUCGAAGAGCCCUAGACUCUUCCAUUUCUCCAACCCCUCCUCACCCAAAUCCCCUUCAAGCUUCUCCCUUCUCAAAGCCACACUCCGCCUCUCCAAAAACAGAUGUGGAAUCUGUUUACAGAGUGUAAAAAGCGGACAAGGAACAACAGGUGCUAUACUUACAGCAGAGUGCAACCAUGUAUUUCACUUCCCUUGCAUAGCUACGCACGUUAAAAAGAAGCACCAUCAACAAAAUCUCCUUUUCUGUCCUCUUUGUAACGCUCACGGGAAAGAGCUGCCUUUGAUAUCCCUCCACCAAAAUCAUCAAGAAAUCAAGAAACAUGAAAAUCAAAAUAAAGUUGAUGCUUCUAAAAUCAAGAACUUGCGUGUCUACAAUGAUGACGAGCCUCUUUUGUCUCCUUCUCCUGGCUCUCUUUUUAACCCUAUUCCUGAAAACGAAUUCGAAGAAGAAGAAGAUACUGAUAACGAUAUCCCUGCUCAAGAGUUUCAAGGUUUCUUUGUGAAUCCAACUCCACCUGUUCUUAAACCUAGAAGAAAUGUGGAGCUUUCUUUGUUACCGGAAUCUGCGGUUGUUACUGCUGGAAGGACUUACCAAACGCACGUUGUCGUGCUUAGAAUCAGAGCUCCACCGUAUACGGCGGCGCGUCGUCCUCCUAUUGAUUUGGUGAUGGUUUUAGACGUGAGUCAGAGGAUGUGCGGGGUGAAAUUACAAGUUAUGAAGCGCAUAAUGCGCGUGGUUAUGUCUUCCCUUAAUUCUAACGAUCGGUUGUCUAUUGUGGCGUUCUCGGCCACUUCUAAGCGUUUGUCGCCGCUGAAGAGGAUGACUGCCGAUGGGCGGAGAUCGGCGCGUCGGAUAAUCGACGCCCUUGGAAGUACUGGUCAAGGGAUGAGUGCAAACGACGCGCUGAAAAAGGCCGCGAAAGUGAUUGAAGAUCGCCGAGUAAAGAAUCCCGUUGCCAGCAUCAUCAUUAUAUCUAACGGUCAAGAUGACAGGUCCCAUAUUAACUCCGUUAAUCAGAAGAUGACGGUGUCAUCCACGCGCUUUUCUCACUUGGAAAUCCCUGUACACUCGGUCAGCCUUGAUAACAUAAGCGUGUCUAAUCACGCGCCACUCGAAGAUGCAAUAGCCAAGUCCAUAGCUGGAUUGUUAAGCGUUUCGGUUCAAGAACUUAAGCUUCAACUCGGGUUUGUUUCUUCCGGUUCAUCUCAACCACUAGAGAUAUCAGCGGUUUAUUCACUAACAGGUCGGACCAAUGUGUUUAGUCCCGGUUCGGUUCGGUUAGGCGAUUUACACGGCGAAGAAGAGAAAGAAUUACUCGUGGAAUUGAAAGGGCAGGCUUCUGCGGGGUCACACCAUAUGUUAUCCGUACGGUCGUCGUUUAAAGACCCAUCGUCGCAGGAGAUAGUUUUAUGUAAAGAACAAGCAUUGUUACUCCCUCGUCCUCAAGCCGUUAGAUCAUCACUGCCUAAUAUUCAACGGCUGAGAGACCUCCACGUAAGCACAAGAGCAGUAGCUGAAUCUCGGCGAUUAAUAGAUUAUUAUAAUGAUUUAUCUGGAGCUUAUCAUUUGUUAUCAUCGGCUCGAGCCUUGUUGAUGCAGUCGAGUGAUGGGUCGGGUAAUGAGUAUGUGCGCGGCUUGGAGGUUGAGCUUGGGGAGCUGAACAUGCGUAGGCAGCAUUCAGUGCAGAGUCAAAGGCAGAGGAGUGGUCAACAAAUAGAAGAGAAGCCGGAGCCACUUACGCCGACAUCGGCUUGGCGAGCCGCAGAAAGAUUGGCUAAAGUAGCGAUUAUGAGGAAGCAUAUGAAUAGGGUGAGCGAUUUACAUGGCUUUGAAAAUGCAAGAUUCUGAGAAUUUUUUCUUUUUUAGUUUUAUUUUUGUAAUACAAAAGAAAUAUAUAGUUAUAAAAUAAAUUUUGGAAAAGAAAAAGAAAAGAAAAAGAAUGUGAAAUGAUUGAAUGGACCCAGACAUAUAGUAGUGACAAGCAGUACCGGACGGCUAGGCCCUUUCUGCAGCGAAAAAGAACAGAUAAUAAGAUGAAAGGGAAGCCAAGGGUUGCCUACAUGAGUGAGUAUCUCGAGUAAGGGCAGUGGGUGGGGGCACAUUCUGGUUUGUCUUUAUUACCCAAUUUUUUUUUUGCACCAAAAUGGAAGAAAUGUCUUUAAAUGGGUUGAUGACGAACAAUAAAAAGAAAAAGUAGAAAAGAAAAUGUGAAGAGGAGUGGGAAAAAAGGGUAAUGUUUUCUAUGCUUUAGGUUAGAUGAUGAUUUAUACAUUAAAUGUUAUUGUUGGUACUCUAUAUUUUGUAAUAUGUGUAAAUUGGAAGUAUAUGACAGAUGUUGGUUUUUGUUUU